AUGAGACUGCAAGCACAGCUCCCCUCGGCAGCGGUAAAUGGGGGCUCACCCCAAGCCGGGUUACUAGGUAUACCGGCGGAACCACCCCUAGGUUAAUACUAACCUUCACAUGUCCCUGUAGCAGGCAGGGUAAACAGAAACCAAUUUCUGCACCAAUUCUAAUAUAUAUAUCUGUAAUAACUUUGCUCACUCAGUAAUAAUAAAACCUCCAGGAGUAUAUCCCAUUGGGAGGCAUGGUGGCACAGACAGUACAAUCAUAGGAGCUGUAACAGUGACAGACAGAUCAAAUAGCCAAUAUUUUCCGUCAAGGUAAGGUACCAGGGUAUGUAACAAUAUGAUGGGGGGCUCAUCUAACAUUAGUAUAGAAGUAUUCCAGUAAAAGCAACAGCUAGCAUAAGCUAGGGUGCAUUAAUAAAUCAGGGACUCACCCCUGUUUAAUUGCUAGAAACCGGCAAGGGUUAAAUGGCCGCCACGGAUCUUGCAAGGCGCGGUCCAAAGUGGCUGCGGAAAAAACCCACGAGAGACUAGGCGAACGCGGGCACAUAUUUGAAAAGCGCAAACACAGAAGCCUCACAGGCAGGAAAUCUCCACAGCGCCAAACGCUCUCCCUGAGGAGAGGUUGUGGCAGUGGGAAAGUGCCUAUGGAGUGGCGAGCGUAG